CAUGCUUGCGUGAGGGAUGAGGCUGUGCACAGGGACGCCAGGCCAGAGCUGCGGCCUACUUCUUCUCACAAGAGCCGGGCUCUCGACUGCAAGAUCUGUGAACGCUUUGCCACCAUCAAAUCAGCAUCUUUGGUCACCAGGUAGAUCCAGGAGCAUGAGCAGGACUCUGCGCUGCGGGAGCAGAUGUCUGGGUAUAAGCGCAUGCGGCGGCAGCACCAGAAGCAGCUGAUCGCCCUGGAGAACAGGCUGAAGGCGGAGAUGGACGAGCAUAGGCUCCGGUUGCAGAAGGAAGUAGAGACCCACGCCAACCACACUUACAUUGAACUGGAGAGACUAGCUAAACGGCACACCGUUCACACAGACAAAGAGAUAAAGGCAGCUACAGCAGAGGAGAAGAGGAUCCAGCAACAGAUCAUUGCCCAGCAAAAGAAGGAGCUGACCACCUUCGUGGACAACCAGAAAAAAGAGUACAGGCUCUGUAAAGACAAGAUCAAAGAAGAGAUGAAUGAGGACCCCAGUACGCCCAAGGAGGAGAAGCAGGAGCGUCUUUCCAGGCACAAGGAGAUGGUGCAGCACUCACAGGCUGAGGAUGAGGCCCACCUUCUGGACCAGCAGAGGCUGGUCUAUGACAGGAGCUGCCGUGCUCUGAAACGCAGGACACUGGUCAAGAGGCACGAGUUUGAACAGGAGCAAAUGAGAGAGGAGCUGAAUAAGAAGAAGACCCAGAAGGAGAUGGAGCAGGCCCUGAUGAUCCGACAGGACGAGUCCACUCAGGAGCUGGAGCGCAGGCAGCUGCAGACACUGCAGAGGCUCCGUGUUGAGCUGAUCCUCCUACAGCAUCAGACCGAGUUGGAGAACCAGGAGGAGUACAACGGCCGGCGGCAGAGAGAGCUGCACAGGAAGCACGCCCUGGAGCAGCGGCAGCAGCCCCGGAACCUCAAGAUGUUGGAGAUGCAGAUCAAGAAACAGUUCCAGGACACGUGUAAGGUGCAAAACAAGCAGUACAAAGCCCUGAGGAACCAUCAGCUUGAGGUCUCUCCUAAGAGCGAGCACAAGGCCAUCCUAAAGUCACUGAAGGAGGAGCAGACACGCAAGCUCGCCGUGCUGGCCGAGCAGUACGAGCAGAGCAUCAACGAGAUGAUGGCCUCACAAGCGAUGCGUCUGGAGGAGGAGCAGGAAAGGGAGUGCCAGGCGUUGAAGCAGCAGCUGCAGCAGGAGAUGGAGCUCCUGGAUGCCUACCAGAGCAAGACCAAGGCCCAGACAGAAGGCCAACACGAGAGGGAGCUGCAGAUGCUGGAGCAGAAGGUCUCCUUACGCAGGGCCCACUUGGAACAGAAGAUUGAAGAGGAGCUGGCCUCACUUCAGAAGGAAAGCACUGAAAGGAUCAAGCAGCUUUUUGAACGGCAGGAGAGGGAGCUGGACGCUUUCGAUGCAGAGAGCGCUAGGCUGGGGUUUGGGAGCUUAGGAUCGCUGGACUUCCCCAAGGAGGACGACAGAUGA